UGGACUGACCUUGGAAGUUAUUUCUUGCGCUCAUGGCCCAAAACUACGAUCGUCGACGUAUCAAUGGUCCAGAAGACAGCUAUCCACCCAUUUUUGAGGAAGAGGAAGAGGAUACUUUGUCCUGGAAUAUAGCAAAACCCCGUGAAGGACGUUCUCCGCAAGAUAUCCGGCCAAUUUGUGAGAAUACCUUGGUUUCUUGUCAGCUUUCAGGUUCAUUGAUAUGCUUCAUCGUUGCGCUAGUCUUACAGCCUGGUCUAAUAAAUCAGGCCAAUGGCUCUGCCUAUAUCGAAACGGAUAAAACUAAAAUAGCCUGCGCCGUUUAUGGCCCAAGGCAAUCCAAAACGACCACCUUCAGUGAGAAUGGUCGACUGAAUGUCGAAGUGAAGUUCUCGCCGUUCUCCUGUGCUCGUAGAAAGGCGCCACUACGUGAUGCUGAAGAUAGGUCUCUAGCGGUGUCUAUCCAUCAAGCGGUUUUGUCGUCCGUUCGUCUGGAGCUGUUGCCAAAAUCUACCAUAGACGUAUUUAUCACCAUAAUCGAGAAUGAUGGUAUUGAAGGUUGUAUUUCAUCCGGAACAAUAGCAGCAAGUGCUGCAUUAGCAGAUGCUGGGAUAGAGGUGCUUGGCCUUGUGGCGUCUUGCUCAGCGGCUGCUUUAGGGGACGAAAUUUGGUUAGACCCAACAGAGAAGGAAGCUCGAAAGUCGGAAGGGACGUUAAUUCUGGCUUGCAUGCCUGCGUUGGGAAUUGUCACCAAUGUCUGGCAGUCUGGUCGAAUGACGGUCGAGAAGGCUACCCAAUGUCUAGAUUUAUGUCAAGAAAGGUGUACAGAUAUACAUGCUGUAGUCGCCCAGUCACUGCUUGAAACCAGCAAGGCCAGCUAGUCCAAGUGGCUGUUGGUAUUUGGGCGCUUUAUCUUAGAAACCGAAUUCGAAGGAACGUCGGACAUGAAAAGUACAGAACCAUGGCCACAAUGCCUCGGUUGUGUUCAUAUUUAUGAAAAGCUUGGUUUGCUCUGAUUUAAUACCCUGCAUCGUGUAUUUACCAUAGAGAUAAAAUCCGUGCCAGAGUCAGAGGAACUGUAUCAUAAUGUUAUGCCCCCUUACGAAAUUGUAUUAUCUGCC